AUGGUUGGCAUGCUCAUAGGACUUGGGCAGCUCUCCACUCCCUAUGCCUUGGAAAACGGCGGUUGGGCCUCCAUUUUCCUCCUGGUCGGCCUCGGCAUCAUGUGCGCCUAUACCGCGCACAUCAUCGGCAGGUGCCUAGACGAGGAGCCCAGCUCCAAGACCGACAACAUCCCGCUCGUGUUCGCCGGUGUCCGCCUCCACCUACCAUGGCUGCGCCUCAGCACCACGCAGCUGCUCACCGUCAUGGCCGUGCUGGUGGCUCUUCCCAGCCUUUGGCUGAGGAACCUAUCGUCCAUCUCCUUCCUCUCCUUCGUCGGCAUCCUCAUGUCGAUGGUCAUCUUAGUCACCAUCCUCUGCACCGCAGCCUUCAGCAAUGUCGGCCUGGGCAAGCACAUCCCAGUCCUCAGGCUUGACAAGAUCCCGACGGUGUCCGGCCUGUACAUGUUCAGCUACGCCGGCCACAUCGUCUUCCCCAACAUCUACACAGCCAUGAAGGACCGCUCCAGCUUCACCAGGGUCUCCGUCACGAAUUUCUUCAUGGUCGCAGUGCUCUACACGACCCUCGCAUUUGUCGGCGCAAGCCUCUUCGGUCCCAGUGUGAACUCCCAGGUCACGCUCAGCAUGCCGCCGGGGCUGCUGGUCACCAAAGUGGCGCUCUGGGCCACCGUGCUCACGCCGGUCACCAAAUACGCGCUCGAGUUCGCGCCCUUCGCCAUUCAGCUCGAGCACCACCUGCCGGCGACCAUGGGGCCUCGUGCCCGGAUAAUCAUCCGCGGCAGCAUCGGCUCGGCGGGGCUUCUCCUCAUCCUGGCGCUGGCGCUCUCGGUUCCAUAUUUCCAGUACGUGCUCAGCCUCACCGGCUCGCUCAUCAGCGUGGCCAUCUCGGUCAUAUUCCCCUGCGGGUUUUACCUCAAGAUCCGAUGGGGCCGGUUAUCGCGCCCUGUCGUCGUGCUGAAUGCGGCGAUGAUCGCCGUUGGUUUUGUUCUCGCAGUGGUGGGGACCGCUUCGUCGGCUAAGCUGCUAGUGAAAAGUAUACAGAAUGGACAUGUGGCGUAG